GCCAUGGGGAAAGUUUUCCUCUAGAUCCCCUGUAAAUAAUUGUCUAAACUCUAAAGGUAAAUUUGCAAACCCUAACUUUCUUAAUUUUUAGGGUUUUUUUUUCUGUAGAUUUUUAUUCGUUGACUAACUGUUUUCCUAGGGUUUCUCUGGUUUUCCUGUUCGUUGGACUUGAAUUCUAGGUUUUUGAAGUUGAUCUCCAUAUAUAGGUUUUUUUUUGUUAGUUUUUCCCAUUCUUGAACUGGGUUCUUUGUGAUUUCGAGCACUGUUCCCCCCUAUUUUUACUGAAUUGAUCUGUUUAAAUUUAGGAUCAUACAAAAGUUAACAUUCUCAAAAAAAAAGAAACAAGAAAAAAAAGGGAUCAUAGGAUAGACGCUAUUUUUUGGGUUUCCCAUUCCAAUUUAGGGUAUAAAUUUAUAGUUUCUUCUCGGCAGGUAUUUCCCUUUCCUGUUUAAUGAAGGCCCCUUUUUUGUUUCUUAUUUGACUGAUUCCCUUGUUAGGCUUGAUUCUGGGGUUUGUUUUAGUUAUUUUCUAUUUCAAUUUGAUUCUAGGGUUUCUAAAAGUUCAUUUCCCUAAAAAUUUAGACUUUUGGGUUGAUUUUCCUUCUGGGUUUAGUUCUAGGGUUCAUUCCGAAGUAUUAUUCUGUGUUUCGUAUCAUUUUAUGGCAUAUGAAUGCCAUGGGUCACUGGACCAAAACUUAUAUUUUUCAGAGGAUAACAACUGGAAUGAAGAAAGGUCCACAACCUGUGACACGCCUCACAUCCCCUUUUGUCUCUCUAACAUUUCCACAAGGAAAGAAAACCCAAAUUCAUCUCCUCUGAGUACCUCUCAAUCUCAUCAACCCAAGAGGGAAAUCUCAAUAAAGAAGCCAUUUAAAGAUUCUGCAAGUUUAUGCCCAACAUCCAUUACUAGUCUCCGAUCCAUAACUGAUCUCCCACCUGCUCUUAUAUCGGAAAUUCUCCAUCACUUAGAUCCAAGAGAAUUGGGUAUUGUUUCCUGUGUCUCCACACUCUUUAGGAAGUUUGCUUCCGACCACCAUGGUUGGAAGGAUUACUAUUGUGAGAGAUGGGGCUUACCCAUGUCACCUUCUAAAGCCUCAGAACCCGAGAUUAUAUGGAAAGAGCUCUAUGUUGAGAGAGAAAAGAGGAGCAAAACCUUCAUGGGAAGAUACGAAGCGGACAUGCUUUGUGGCCACACUGAAGCUGUUCGCUCAGUGUUUCUUUUGGCCUCUGCAAAUAUUAUAAUAACAGGAGGUUAUGAUUCGGUGGUAAGGCUAUGGAGCAUGGAGGAAUGUUGCUCUCUUGCUCAUUCUAGGCAUUUUGGUUGCACCCUACGAGCCAUUGUUGCAGAUGAUGAGCUUUUAGUAGUGGGGGGAACUGAUGCAUUUCUCCUUUGUUGGAGAACCAUUCCGGGUCUCCCACAUUUGUUCGAUGUGUCUGGAUUAAUGAACCAGAGCACUGAGUUUCGAUUGUGGGAACAUGGAGGACCGAUUAGCUGUUUGGCCAUGGAUUUGACAAGAAUUUACAGUGGGUCUUGGGAUAUGACUGUUCGAGUUUGGGAUCGAUCCACCUUCAAAUGCUCGAAGAUUUUGAGGCAUGCAGAUUGGGUUUUCGAUGUAGUUCUUCGAGGACCAUCCUUAGCUACUGUAGCAGGAAGUGAUUUGUAUAUAUGGAAUAUCAGUAAUGGGAAACAACUUGAAGUAAUUUCGAAUAUUCACAAUGGAAUUGCAUAUUCUUUAGCACAAAGCCUUUCAGGUUCUCUUCUGUUCAGUGGAGGUGAAGAUGGAUCAAUCCACAUGUUUGAGGUUCAAACACAAAUGGAUCAUGGUGGCCUUUGCCUAGAUUGUUAUGUUAAGAAGGGGGCAUCUUGGAUUCCUCACAAUGGUGCAGUUCGGUCUCUCUCUUUUGAGUUUCCAUGGCUUGUUUCUUGCUCUGAUGAUGGGAAGCUCGCUUUAAUGGAUGUUCGAAAGCUGCUUAAGUCAAGUAGAGGUUCAUCUUUUCUUCACUCUAAGUCUACUAGUGUGGAGCCCCCGCAAAGAAUGCUUCAUGGGUCUGCCCAAAAUCUCUUCUCUGUGGCUAUUGGGGCUGAUAGAAUUGUUUGUGGGGGUGAGGAAAAUAAUGUUAGGGUUUGGAACUUUAGCCAGGCUUUGGAGAAUGAAAAAAGGAUGAAAAAACGUAGAGCGCUAAUUGCAUCAGGCAAGAGGAAUAUCAAAAUUGAACAGUGUUCUAUAGAGGCCAAAAGAGAUGGAAUGGAAAGGAAUCGCGGCACUGUUUGGUGCAGGCGUGGCACAAGCAGUAAGUUGAAGGCCUAGUUUUUUCUUAUUCUUUUUUUUUUUUUUUCUUUUCUUGGAUUUAAAGUGCCUUGUCCCAAAGUAUGGGUCUACCAAUUGAAAAAGAAAAGAAAAAAAGGUGCAGAAAAAUGUAGUUAUUUGUAUGUGUUAUGGAAGGGGUACAUGAUGGUAUGUAGUAGUUAUGUAAACUUGAGAACUGAUCUGAAAUGUUUAAAUUUAUUUACAACAGCAUUGGUAGUAGUUCAACAUUUUGUACUUUAUGUGCUGAGGCUUAUUCAUAUUUUUGUUUAUUAAACUUCUAUCAUUA